GAAAAUGAGCCUAUUAUAAAGCAGUUUCCUUGUAAUAAAUUAGAUAAUGCUAUUCAUAAAGUUUAUAUUAGUCGUGUAUUUACACAUACUACUUAUAGUGGAGCUCCAAGAAGAGAUAUUGUUGCUAAAGAUCUUUUUCUAACAAAAUUUUCUUCUGAUAAACCUGUAAAAUACAAAAAACUUUCUGAAGAAGAGUUACAAUUAUUAGACAAAGAAUUAAUUCGCUAA